GCUUUUUAUUUUAUGCUUUCCGGUGGUUUAUAGAGAAAUAUCAGUGAAAUAAAAGUGGUAUUUCACUGUUUCAAACAGUGAAACAUAACAGUGAAAAAUAUCGUUAUUUUUCACUGUUUCAGUUAGAUACUGGAACUACUUCCCCAAUAACCCCAUGGUGAGCCUCAAUUGCAAUUUUCAUUCAAGGGAGACUAGUCUACUUGAACCUGAAACACACAUUUACCUCCCUUAAACAUAAUUAUUUCGUCUGCUGCUUAACUCUUUAACAACAAUGGAUGAAUUGGAAAACAAUGAAAUAAAUCUUCUUUUCUCAAAUAUCUUUGACUUUGAUGACUUUUUUAAUGAAAUGAAUGAACAAGAUGAUGACAGCGCUUCAAAAUCACAAGAAAUAACAUCAGCAGCACCAACAGCAGGAGCAGCAACAUCAGCCCCACAUCCACUGGUAACAGCAUCAACACAGGAAGAAAAAGAACAAAACCCAACAUCAACACCAACAUGGAAUUUCAGAUCUGUAAGUGUGGAUAGCUUUCUGCUUGAAAACGAAAAUUUAAAUACAAAAAAGAAAACCGACAAUGACAUCAGACUUUUCAAAACUUUCCUAAAAAGUCACAAAAAUGAGGCAAGAAAUAUUGAAAAUAUACCUCCUCAUGAAUUGAACCCUCUGGUCUGCGAGUUUUUGUUGGGUGUGACUAAAAAAGAUGGAUCAGAGUAUGAACCCACAUCUUUGAGGGCAUUUUUAAGCUCAAUCGACAGGCAUUUAAGGCACAUGAACUACAAGCACUCUUUGAUAAAUGACCCUGAAUUUGCCAAAGUGAGGGAAGUAUUAAAAAGUAAACAAAAAGCUCUGAAAAAAGAAGGUUAUGGAAAUAAACCGCAUCAAGCCCAGGCAUUAACAAAUGAACAUAUUGAAGCUAUGUACGCAGCUAAAACUCUGGGAGAAGCCCAAGAGCUCUAUUACACUCACUGUGGCUUAUAUGUACAACCCAUUUUGGGAUGAGAACCGGCAAGGAAAUUCACACCCUAUGCUGGGGUGAUGUCAGCCUUGGAAUCGAUUUUGAAACUGGUGAAGAAUUCAUCACCUUCGACACUGAGCGUCAGACAAAAACCCGUACUGGUGAAAAUCCUAGGGAUAUAAGGAAAGUCAAGCCACGGGCAUAUGCAGUUCCCGAACAACCUGACAGAGAUCCGGUGCAUCUCUACAAGCUAUAUGCCGACAAACGCCCUGUUGACAUGAUGACAGAAGACAGCCCCUUCUUCUUAACUCCUGGCAACAAGACACAGCAAUGCUGGUUCAGGAAGUCUGCCAUGGGAAUAAACAAGCUAUACAGCAUAAUGACCGAGAUGAAAACAGAUGCUGGUAUUCAAGAGCCAAGAAUCACCCCAUACAGUGCAAGAAAGCACUUGAUUCAGAAGCUGAAUGACGAGAAUGUUCCUGCUCAUCAAAUAAUACAGAUUUCAGGGCACAGAAAUAUUAACAGCUUAAAUAAUUACAGCAGUUUGAACAAGGAACAGUCAAAAAAUAUUUCAAAAAUACUUUCUCAUUCAAACCAGUCAGUUGAAAAGCACAACCGCACAGCCACUGCCACUGCGUCAGCCACACCUGCAUCAAGUGAUUUUCCGAUGGCCCGAGGAUUUUUUGUCAACUCACAUUUCCAGGGCAAUGUAACAUUUAAUUUUCACAACUCUGAAUCUUACAUGGGCCUUUCCCAGACACAGAACGUAGUCAAUCACCAGAGGCAAUCUCCAUCCCGUACACCGGCGGUAACCGCAGAUUCCCCUGUACAGCGACACUACAAGCGAAUCCGUCUUAUUGCAGAGAGUGACAGUGAUUGGUAUCGAAACCAUUUAGCACAAAAACACUGUUGAAAUAUGUUUGCGUUCCUAGUUUAAUCCAGUUAUGUGUUAUUAAUCCAGCAAGUCGUAAAAGUGUUGUUCAACAUGGCGAGCACUUUCGUAACUUUGAGAUCAGUUGAAUACACAAAUUACUACGCCAGUAUAUGCAACACUAUUAAUUUCAUAAUAAUUUAAAUUAAACUAUUGUUUGUAAUAAUAUUGAAUGUAUAAAGUAUGAAAAAGAUAUAUGUUGAAUAAAACAUUGAUUUUAAUAGUAA